GAGGAGAAGGCGGGGCUGUGAGCGCGUGCUCUAUAGCGCACUUCCUUCCCAACCGCCAGAGGGAGGGUCUCUUUCCCCGGCCAGGCCAGGCCAGGCCAGGCCCGGGUAGCCAUUUUGGGGUCGUGGGUACGCCACAGGGCGCUUAAUCCAGCUUCGUUUGAAAGGGUAAUAAUAAAAGAGCGCCCGGCGGUUUUGGUUUUUGCUGGUGCGCUCCUUCCUCCCAUCCUCAUAUAACGAAGGCAAAAGAAGAGCUGAAGAAGCCUGUUCAGCCUUUUCCAAGCUGCGAAAAGCCCUGGUUCUAGGUUAACAUCGCGAUUCUGUACUAACUCACGUUGGGCUAGAAACUCAGUGGGGCUUACUCACAGGAAACGGGGUUUAGGGUUGCAGCCUAAGGCACUUUGUACUCUUGUCGGCUUGAAUCGCUAAAGUUAGCAGCAAAAAAGAGAUUUGUCAAUGAAUCAGCUGUGAAGAACUUCUGGUGAGUUAUGGCUUUUCUCUUUCACUCACGAAAUUAAGGAGGAAAGAAAUCGAAAAAGCUUAUAUUUGUUUUUAUUGUAAAAAGCUGUCCUGGAGGUGCAUUCUAAAGAUACCAACGGAAGAGGGAUUUCUAUUUCGAGGAGGGGGGGGAAUUAUUAUUAUUAUUAUUAUUUUGAGUCUAUUUCAUUUUGACGAAUCUGCUUGUUCAUGACGCCACUAAUUGUUUUGAUGUUGGGAACUAAGUUUAUUUAUUAUUUAUUUAUUUAUUUAUUGCACUUGUAUACCGCCCCAUAGCCGAAGCUCUCUGGGCGGUUUACAGCAAUCAAAAACAUUAAAACAAAUAUACAAUUUAAAACACAUAUUUUAAAAACAAUUUAAAACACAAUAACAUAUUGAGUUAAGCAAAUAAAACUUACCCCAUCUGUGUUAUAGCAGGCCUAGUAGCCAUUAGGCAGAAGUGAGCACACCACGUAGACAGUGUGCUGCAUAAGCAAAGUAAUCUGCAUCCUGUUUCUCAGUAACCGCAAGGUUUGUACUAGCAUGUUUUAAUCUGCUUCAUCUUUACAUGGUACAUGUGCAAAGUGCUUGCAUUGUUUUGUCUAGCUGGUGUGGUUAGAAAAGGUGCAAACAUCAUAUCUAUGCAAAGAACUGUCUCCAUGGAUACCGUGUAACAUGUCUAUGAUGCAGGAGCUGCUAUGCAAACUAUGUAACAAGAAAUGUAUAAAAGUAACUUGUACCCUUUGUUCAGGGCUUCAGUCAGUUUGCGACUGGGGUCUUGGUUCUGAGCCAAUAAACUGCUGCUACUUUACUUCCUGUUGAAUGGCUGUUAUUUGCAAUACCUAGAAAGAGAUCCCUAAGGGAAUAUUUUCUCUUACAUUAAUAUUAUUCUGGCCUGAGGAAGAGUUUAACAAAUAUCCAGCAAUGUGUUCCAAAAUCAGAAACACAAUCAACAAGAAGCAAGUAUUACUGCACUGCAAAGUGCCUAAAUUACUACAUCUGUAGUUCAGAAUGUCAAAAUAUGAACAGGAUCAUCAUCUCAUUAUAUCUAAUAUAAAGUUAAUACAUAUAUAUCUAAUCCAAGAUGACCAAAAAAGUCAUAGUCAAAAUGUGAACCUACCCUAGCCCAGGGACUAAAAGUAAAUAGCAAGCAACUUUAGGAAGCAAUCAAAUGAUCCCUGGGGUGGUUUUGCAGGGACCAUAAAAGUUUUCAGAUGUCCCUCUCAAAGGACGAAGAGAGGUCUGCCCUCAGAGAGUAAGGUCUGACCUUGCAAUCCACAUUGUAUCUCCAAUGCCACAAUGCUGACCUUGGAGAAGACAAAAAUGAGGUGUGCCGGGGGCAUGCUGGGAGAGGCCGUGGAUCCAAAGCAUCCAAAGUCCUCCCAUUCCCCCAAAAUGUCCCGGAAAUAGGGGUAGGAAGGGAACGGCACCAGCCAUCCAUGCAGCUGGCAUAAUUUAUUUGGGAGCAAUGGGAGGGAAAAUACUUCAGAAGGACAAGCAGAAAUAAAAGGCCAAAUUGUUGUGCCCCCCACCUUUUCCCCUACCAGCUCAAGUCUCCAGAGCAUAGGAAAUGACAGUUCGUCUGCCUCGGUUUCUCCCUCUCCCAUAGGAUUGCUCUGCCCAUGCUAUUACUGCAGAUAAAAAAAAGGGUUAAGUCAAAUUCUUUUUAAAAAAAUCCACUCUAGUGCUGAUAAAUUCUAAAGUUUGUUUUGUAUUCCUGAACACAUAAAAGAUAAGGCAGGCUGUAUUGUCUACACUGAUGUCAGCAAGCCUGUAAUAUUAACCCAAUUGUGGCUGAAAUAAUUUUUGUUUCUGUGGUUUUAAGAAUGACAACCAGGAAAGUGAUUGAGACCAUGGAAGAAAUUAUGUUUCAGAAAAUAAUGGGUGAGAUUGAGAUAGUGAAACAAACCCUGAGACAGGGUAGACAGGAGAUGAAAAUUGAAUUUAACAAAAUGACGCAGGAGCUUAAAGAAAUAGGAGAUUCUGUGAGAGAGAUAUUUGAUGAGAUUAGAGAUGAGAAAAGAAAAAUUAAAGGGAAGCUACAAGCCCUGGAGAUUGGAACAAAUGUGAAAUUGGAAAAAGAUUUGGAGUUUAUGGAUGUUAGAAAUAAAGUUUACUGUUUGGAAUUCAACGUUGUCUCUGAAGAAAUUAAUGAAGAUUUUGGUGGUAAAGUUAUCAAUGUCUUGGAUAAUUUUCUGGAUUGGAAUGAUGUGAUGGAGCUUGACAUAGAAAAAAUCUAUGGAGUUGGCUACAGAUAUGUGACAGUGGAGAAACUCUUAAGAGAUGAGCCAGUGCAUCUUGUAAAAAAGAAGAACAGAGAUAUGACUUUGCAGCAAUAUUUUAGCAACAUAUUCAGAAUUCUUGACUGGAAUGAUGUGAUGGGGCUUGACACAGAAAAAAUUUAUGGAAUUAACUACAAAUAUGUGAUAAUGGAAAAACUUUUAAGAGAUGAGCCAGUGCAUUUUGUAAAAAAGAAGAGCAGAGAUGUGACUACAACAAUAUUUCAGCAACAUAUUCAGAAUUGAUGGCAAGGACAUAUUUGUGAUGGGGGAAAUUCCCAUCAGACUCUUGUUAUAUGACUAUGGCUAUGACAGCAAGAUCAUCAUGGGAUACUGAUAAUGGAUGAAUGGAUACUGAAACCACUGGAUUUAACAGGACUAUUGAAGAUGGAAGAUGGAAUUAAUAUUGAUAAUGGAAGAAUGGUUAUGGAAAUUAUUGGACCUAACAGAUUUGACGAGAUGGAUUAAUCAAUAUGUUUAUUUGGACUAUGGCUAUGACAACAAGAUUAUUAUGGGAUACUGAUAAUGGAAGAAUGGCUAUUGAAAUUACUGGACUUAACAGGAUUAUUGAAGAUGGAAGAUGGAAUUAAUACAGAUAAUGGAAGAAUGGUUAUUGUAAUUAUUGGGCCUAACAGAUUUGAAUCAGAUGGAUUAAGCGAUAUGUUUACUUGGAGAAAAAUUGAAAGAUAUAUCUCUCAAGGAAUUGAAACC